GUCGGUCCAUUGUUUUUAUCCAAUGUAGCUUACACCAUAUCCAACUAUUUUGUUGCUGCACAGCAUUAGCAUAGCGCAUGAGAAAACCUGAACAGUAAAUAGUUCAUGCGGAAUCAUCAUCUUCAUCACUCUCUCUUUCUUCGAUCCCCAAAUUCUGCGAACUGCGAACCCUAAUUUCACAUUUCUUCGCUCUCUCUCUCUCUGAAUUUCGACUCUUCAAUUCACCAUGUCAAGUCGAGGUGGAAGGGAUCGAUCCAGAAGGGAUUAUCUGGCAAGAUAUGAAGACAAUAAAGGGAAUGGUGGUCUGGGACGCGGUGGUAGUGGUAGUGGGAACAGCAGCAAUCCUCCUUCCAGGCAUCUUUGGGUUGGGAAUUUAUCACACAAUAUUGUAGAGGAUGAGCUUGCGCAUCCUUUUAUACGGUUUGGACCGUUGGAAAAAGUUGCGUUUCAGCCUGGGAGAAGCUAUGCUUUCAUCAAUUUUGAAGUGGAUGAAGAUGCCAUUGAUGCUAUGAGAUCGCUGCAAGGUUUUCUUCUUGCUGGCAACCCGCUUAGAAUCGAGUUUGCAAAGGCGGAUAAGCCAUCGACAGUUAUGCGUGAUGAAGAUUAUUCACGUGAUGAACGAAGACCAGCAUUAAGGGGAUCUCCUUUCUCCCAAAGAGAGUUUAGAGGACGUCAUGGCAGCCCCGAACCACAUUAUUCUGACAAGUUCAAGUUGAGUGAUAAAAAUCCAGAGCCCAGCGAGGUUUUGUGGGUUGGGUUCCCAGCCCAGUUGAAGGUGGAUGAAUCAAUUUUGGGAAGGGCUUUUGCCCCAUUUGGUGAGAUUGAGAAGAUUUCGACAUUUCCAGGUCGUAGUUAUGCGUUUGUUCGCUAUAGCAGUGUGGCUUCAGCAUGCAUAGCAUUAGAUGCUCUGCAGGGAAAGUUAUUUGGGAAUCCCCGUGUACAUAUUUGCUUUGCCAAGAGUGAAUCAGGUUCAUCCAGCAGCGGUAAGAGCUCAUUUAAUGGUCCUCGAUCCCCAUCAUACAAGUCAAGUGGUCGCGGUGGAUCAUCCGAGAACUUCAGGCCGGAGAGGAGCUUUGCUGGGGAGCAGAACAUUAGUUCUCCAAAUAUGUUCUCGAAUUGGGAUUCUCGAGAUUCUGGUGCUUAUGAUUUUAACAACAGGGUUUCUUCAUGGGCUGGCGGAGCUAACACAUAUGAGCAAAGGAAUGUUGGAGAGAAGGGGACUCCACUUGGAGUAUCACAAGAAUUCUAUGAACAUAUAAAUAGUCCAUCAAGGGAAAGACACUUUCAUCAGGGUGAUUUUCCACAGAAAUAUCCUCAAAGAGGUGCAUUCUUUGAAGAUCUACAGGGCUUGCCUGAAGAUGCUCCCUAUCUACACGUGGCUAAAAAGCUAAAGAGUGGUUCUUCUCCUCCCGAGAGAGAGCUUCCAGAGUAUGCCUUCUCCGAGUUAGAAAGACAAAAACAUGUUUUACCAAGAUUAUUACCUGAUUUUCCUCAUCAUGAGCCUUUUGAUAAAAGCUUUGAUGCUGGAAAUUUCCCUCAUGGACAAACAUUUAAUCACCCACCAAGUUCACCUCUGGUUCGCUUCGAUAGACAUGAAGGCCGGAAACCUUAUGAUAAUUUCCAAAUGGGUCCCGGUGCUCUCCAAUCAAAUUUUGUUGAGAAAAAAAGAUUUACACCUGAACCGGAUAAUUCAUCUUCAUCUGAGUGGAAAUGGGAAGGUACCAUUGCUAAAGGUGGGACUCCUAUUUGCCGUGCCCGCUGCUUCCCUGUAGGGAAAGUCCUAGAUAUCGCGUUACCAGAGUUCUUGGAUUGCACUGCAAGAACUAGUCUAGACAUGCUUUCAAAGCAUUACUACCAAGCAGUUGGCGUUUGGGUUGUUUUCUUUGUGCCAGGAAGCGAUGCCGACAUUGAAUUCUACAACGAGUUUAUGCAUUAUCUGGAGGAAAAGAAACGAGCUGCGGUUUCCAAGGUGGAUGACAAGACCACCUUAUUUCUUGUACCUCCAUCAGAUUUCUCAGAAAAAGUGUUGAAGGUACCCGGUAAAUUGAGCAUAUCUGGUGUUAUCCUGAGGUUGGAAUAUCCUGGUUUAAACCAAGGUCCUAUGCACAUUGAAAGAGACAUGAAAAACGAAAACUUAUCGUCCUAUAAUGAGAACAUAUUGCAUCCAAAUUCUUCUUUUCCAUCCGUACGCAUAUCUACAAACCCACCAUCUAUUUCAGAAUUGGGUAACUCUGGAAUCAGCAAUCUUUCAUAUCUGGGAAACAAAUUUGCAGCAGCUCCAUUAGCAUCGGAUUCCUCCCGUUCUGCGGUUAACCUACAUGAGUCCCAUGAUGAAAGAAGUCGUGACUAUCCUUCCAUCCAGCCGCGAACAUCUGUACCAAACUGGUCUUCUCACAACCCACAGAACUUAAUCUCUAAUAGAACUUUACCUUCACAUCUAUUCAGCGGUGCUGUUGAACCUAUUGAGGAGCGUCGUCCCAUCAUGAAUGUAAACUCAAAUCAACAUUCCAGUGGAAAUUCUGGUAUUCCAUAUGGUGGUAACAGCAUGUCAUCAUAUCCGGAAGGAAGAAAUUUUGAUCCUUCAACCCCUGUGGGAUCCCUCCAACCAGAACAGCUUGCACAACUAGCUGCAUCUCUUCUUGAGCAGCAGAGGCAGUUGGGAAGCUCUAUGAGCACAUCUUCAUUGAGUGAUCCCAGGCAGAAUAGAUUUAAUGAGUCUGAAGCCUCAUCCAGACAAUUAUAUGCUGCAGAAAACAACCAUGCGAGUUCUGAAUUCUCGACGUCUCAGUUUGGUCACAUUUCACAUUUGCAAAAGCAACAGCAGAUGGCAAAUAUGCCUCACUUGUCACAGAUGGUUCAAAGAGAACAACAAAGAGAGGUUAGUGGAAAUCAACAGAUGGCAGAUAAUAGCUUGCAGGAAGAUGGAGAUGCAGAUCCACAGACCCGUUUACAAGCAACACUAAAGUUGGCUGCUACUCUUCUUAAGCAAAUCCAUCAAGAAAAAGGGAAUUGAGAAAUGCCAGGAUAUCAGCUGUUGCUUUCCUAGCUUGAUGUCUUGACUUUUGAAGCUCUAAAACAAGGAUAAAUGAUUUUCAUUACAAUGUUUAGAUUCACAACUAAUACUGUGGUUUUUUAAGCAAGGAGAUUUCUUGUAAAAAUGCGGUACUUUGUUUUUCACAAUCAGUUCUUGCUCCAUAUACAGUGUCAUUUCAGUUGUUUGGGAAAGUUCAUAAAAGUCGGAUAAGAUAUUGAAUGAAAACUAGUUAAUGGUAAGUAAUUUAAUAAUGUCAUACUAGUCAAUCAUUCACCAUAAGUUGAUGCACCCAUGCUCAUUGCAGAAGUUCUCUCUAGGGGCAAUAUUUGGGUUUGAUUUUUCAAUAUGUUUCUCUUUUUAGUUUGGUAA